CCAAUUAACGCUGCGUUUGUGUGUGUAUCUGCGUCAUUACCUCGUUUAUGAAACCCUGAAGUUUCAGAACAAACAGUUCAGCCACUGCUGAGAAAAUAGUGUUGUAUUGUUGUCCUGGGCUCUGCCAAGCGGAUCUGCACUUCCCGAAGCUGAUGAUGUCAUCAGAAAUCCUCAACACUCCUCUCACCACCGUAGCUCCUCCUGGUGCGGGCACUACUCCGGGCACAUCCGGUUGCGUAAAUUCAACCGCAGAAGAAGAGCUAGUCUCGUUGUAGCUGCUGAGCAUAUCGGUUGAGAACAUGUCUUCGAAAAAAAGAUCAGUUUGCUCUGUUCUGGGUUGUAGUAAACAAGGACAGACGCUCCACAAGCUCCCCACCAAUGAGCAAACAAAAGCUCAGUGGAUAUUGUUCAUUUUUGAUGGGAAUGUGCCUGCUACAUUUCCCAAAAUUCUCCAUGUAUGUGGCAACCACUUCACGGAGGAUUGUUACACAAACUUCGCGCAAUACAAAGCAGGGCACAGCACCACACUUCGCCUCAAAGAAGGAGCAGUACCUACAAUACAUGCUGGAUUACCUGCAGCACAAGAUCGUUUUAUCCACACGGGCACACAAACAGAAGCUCCAAGUGUGAGAACAUGUGCCACUCAACUGUCAAUUGGGACCUUGAAAGCACACGUGCACAGCCAAAGGACCCAGACACCAGUGUUGUCACAUGAGACUGCUGGCACACAAACCACACUGCCGGAGUACAUGUUUUCAUCCACACCUAUAAAGGGGCCAGGGUUUGGACCACAAAAAAGAGCACGUGUUGAGUCAGAGGAGGAAGAGGGAUUCACCUCACCAGAGUCACAAGUCGACCCAAAUGACCCAACCUUUACUCCUGGCGGAUCCCUAACAACACAUGAUUCAACAAUGUUGACGGAAAGUGCUGUAUACAUGGAUAAAAAAUACAUUGUAUUUGAGUCCUGCCUGAGGGAGCUUUUUGACACAUGUCCAGUGUGCAAGAGAAAUUGCGAAGUGCAGCAGCAACAGAAGGGCACGUAUGUUGCAUUUCAUCAAACGUGUCCAAAAUGCAACUACUCCAGGAAGUGGCAAAGUCAGCCCAUGAUUAAGAACACCCCAGUUGGCAAUGUACAGUUAUCUGCUGCUACAUAUUUCACUGGUGCAUCCUUCAUCCAGCUGGAAAAGCUCCAGAUUUCUCAUUAUGACACCUUCCGGAAACAUGCAAGGAAAUACCUGGAACCUGCAAUCGUCCACAAGUGGAAGAGUGACCAGCAGGUCCUUUUCUCCACAUUGAAACCGGGGGGGAAAGUUCAAGUUGCAGGAGACAUGCGUGCAGAUUCUCCAGGGCACUCUGCAAAAUUUGGGAGCUAUUCCUUGAUGCACAUGGACAGCAACAAAAUUUUGGACCUUCAUAUAGUUCAGUGUGGGUGGUAG